AUGACCCUUGAGAUCAUGAAGCCUGGUCUGAUGCAGACUUUCCAAUGGUCUGAGAAAGCUACGCCGGUGGGACUGGGAAAAGGUGAAGUCGAGAUCCAAACCGCGGCUGUUGGAUUGAACUUUAGGGACGUGCUACUCGCCAUGGGGAUUUCGGGUUACGGCCUCGAGGGGUUUCCCCUCGGUAUUGAUACUACUGGCGUGAUCCGGAGAGUUGGAUCCAAUGUUCGCAACGUUGCCGUGGGCGACAGAAUCUUUGCGCUUGCGCCUCACGGCUGCAUCACAGAUAGGCUGGUUCUUCCCUGUUCGCUCGCUGUCAAGCUGCCGGACGACUUGACUUUCGAAGAUGCCGCAACCAUGCCUUGUUGCUUUGCAACAGCGAUAUACUCCUUGCUCAAUGUCGGUGGGAUGAUGAAAGGACAGACUGUUUUGAUUCAUUCAGCCGCUGGUGGAGUUGGACACGCUGCUUUACAGAUCUGUAAAAUGAUGGACGCUGAGGUUUACGCAACUGUGGGCAACGAUGAAAAGGUCAAGCAUUUGAUGGACAACCUCCAGCUUCCCAGAAAUCACAUUUUUAACUCACGAGAUCACUCGUUCCUUCCAGAUUUGAUGCGUGAGACAGAAGGUAGAGGGGUGGACCUCGUUCUUAAUUCGCUUUCAGGCGAACUCCUCCAUGCAUCAUGGAAAUGCGUAGCCGAAUUCGGCAAGCUUAUAGAACUUGGAAAACGGGACAUUUUGGGCUUCGGCAAGCUCGAGAUGGACAUCUUCGGGGCAAAUCGUUCUUAUUGUUGUGUGGACAUUGCGCAUCUCAUUCGAGAUAGGCCCGAGCGGAUGGCAGGAGUUUUGAAGGAAACCUUGAAGCUGUACCAACAGGGCCAUGUGACUCCAAUCAGACCCUUUCUCACGUAUGAGGCUGGAGAUGCCACGGAGGCGUUCAGAGUUCUGCAAAACGGGGAUCACAUUGGCAAAGUGAUCUUGAGAAUGCCACAGGACAACUCCAUAAUAUCAAGCGUUCGAUCUGCCAGUACUCUUACGCUGGACCCCAAGGGUUCGUACUUUCUAGCGGGAGGUCUGGGAGGACUUGGUAGAUCAAUUGCGACUUGGAUGGUUGAGCAUGGCGCUCGGAGUCUCAUAUUCCUUUCUCGCACUGCAGGUCUCAACGAAAGCGACCAGACUUUCCUCAAGGAGCUCGAGAGUAUGGGAUGCGUCGUUGCUGCCGUUGCUGGUAUGACUCAGAAUAUGGAAGACGUGGUAGCAGCCAUAUCGUCAGCACCCGGCCCUAUCAAAGGUGUCAUACAGCUCGCGAUGGUUCUAAGGGACAAACCCAUCGUCAACAUGAGCCACGAAGAAUGGGUGACAGCAAGCUUGCCCAAAGUAGACGGCACCUGGAACCUCCACAACGCCCUCGCGGACCAACCUCUCGAUUUCUUCUUCAUGUCCAGCUCCACGGUCACAAUCGUCAACCAACCGGGCCAAGGCAACUACAACGCCGCCAACACCUUCCUCGAAGCCUUCUGCCAGUACCGGCACAGCCUCGGCCUGCCCGCCUCCGUGCUCAACAUCUGCCCCAUCGACGACGUCGGCUUCGUGGCCGCGAACCCCGCCACGCGCAAGAGCCUGAAGGCCCAAGGCCACCACUUCCUCCGGGAGCAAGCCCUCCUCGACUACCUGCACCUCUCCCUCCUCAACUCGCAGCCCCCAGCCGGCACCACCGCGCGCGGGAGAUCGCCCACCGCCCCCGCGGUGUCCGCGUGGGAGAACAAGGGCCAGAUCGUCAUGGGGCUCCGCUCGGACCUGCACCCGGACGACCCGGCCAACCGCACCCACUGGCGCCGCGACCGCCGCAUGGGCCUCUACCACAACAUCCGGAACGCCAACACGGUCGACCACGCCGGCGGCGGCGACAACAACCGGCUCACGCGGUUCCUGCUGCGCUGCGCCGAUGACCCGGACCUGCUGGCCGCCGGGGCCGAGGGCGAGGGCCUGCUGGCGCGGGAGAUCGGCCUCAAGGUGUUCGGCCUCGUGCUCCGGGACGCGGGGGACGUGGACGUCGGGAUGACGCUCGGGGCCGUCGGGGUGGAUUCGCUCAUGGCGAUCGAGCUGCGCCGGUGGUGGAAGCGGGCGUUCGGGCUGGAGAUCAGCGUCCUGGAGAUCAUGGGCUUGGGCACGAUCAGGGAGUUGAGCAAGGUGGCGGCGCAAAGGUUGAAGGUGAAGCUUGGAGGGGCUGCUGCGACCUAG